AUGGCAUUGGCAGGUUUCCCAAACCCAAGGACAAUUCCCAAUUUGCCCGAUGUCACUGUGUUGUUCCAUGAUGCCGAUGAAUCCAAGGUUCUGCCUGCCAACAAAUUCACAGCCCUGCUUAACAAGCUCUUCAUGAUUUCAUUGCCUGAGUUCCGUGGACCCAAUGGUAGACAUCGCCAAUUGCUUCUUGUGGUAACAGGGGUGAUGAUUAUGAAUUACCGAUACUGUGAACAGAAGUAUGGCAGUGGUCAUCGCUCCAUUGGCGAAUUGGUCAGGGAACGAGAUCAGACACACGCACAGUUGCUGGCUUACAGACAGGAAAUCCGUGAACUCAAAGUUAAGAUUGAGGAUCUCACAGCUGACCAUCAGAGAAGCACAGGAAGUAUUCCAGAUAUCCUUACUGGAGUAGCUCAGAUCUCAAACUGUCUUGCAAAUCUCAACUUGACAAAUGGGCAGCAUCAAGGGCCCCCCAACAAUCCACCACCACCACCACCCCCUCCCCCUCCAGGACCUCCACCCAUCAACCCACCUCCCCCCAUCGACCCUCCUCCUCCACCCAUUGAUCGACCUGAACCAAUACAGGCCCACCACGUCCACACCACCACCACCACCUCGGGUUGCAGCUCCAUUUGUUCUAGCACGAAGUAG